GCUCUCGUAUCUCCACCUCGUCUCUCUAUCUCCCCUUCCCUCUCCCUCUCCUUCCCCGACUCUCCCGACCUCUCCCGCCAUGGACGAAGCCCUCGCCGGCGACCGCGACGGCGCCCUCAGGGAGGCGUUCCGUGAGAUGGUGCACAGCUCGAUCAAGGGCCGCGAGUUCUACAUUGCCUUGCCUAAGAGUUACCGGGGUGUCGACGGGAUCUACGAAUACAGCCCGCCCGGCAGCGCCAUCGAGUCGAGAGUCUUGAGGUUCUGGCGUAAGCAUUUUGUUCUUAAAGAGCGCAUGUCGGCGGCUGGCUUGCCUUAUCCCACUCCGACGAUUCUCUUUAAAGGGGUGGGGCAUCUGGACAAAUGUACUGUAGUUAUGAUGAUGGAUGAGGAAACUGGGACUUGCUUUCGAGCUGACCAUCUGCUCAAUGGUUUUUUAAAUGAGAUGAUCCACCAAAAGGAUUCGAUCAUUAGUCCAGAGAAGGCUAAGGAAGUCCAGCGAGUACUCGCGACUUUGUCUUCUCUCUCUGAUGUGGAAUUGUGUGCCAAGAUAAAAGAAUAUGGUAUCACAAGAGCUCCAGAUACCGAAAAUCAGCUCUCUGGUCCCUAUCCGUUCAACGUGAUGCUUCAAGAUUAUAUAGGCCCAUCUGGUUUCCUCCCUGAAUACGUGCGACCAAAACCUGCACAAGGCUGUUUUGCAGAUUUCAAAUACCUGCAUGAGUUUAAGGGCAAUAAACUCCCCUUUGCUGUCGCUCAUGGUAGUCGGGCUUUCAGAGAAGAGAUUUCGCCUCAAAAUUGUCUUCUGAUCGUCCAUGAGUUCACCGUCGCCGAGUUCGAGCAUUUUGUCGAUCCGGAAGAUAAAUCCCAUCCAAAGUUUUCUGAAGUUGUAGAUCUGGAAUUGCUUAUGUUCCCAGGGGAACAACAGAUGUCUGGCCAAUCUGCUAUUAGAACUCGGCUUGGUGAAGCAGUUUUCAAGGGAACUGUUAACAAUGAGACUCUUGGGUACUUCAUUGGGAGAACAUUUCUAUUUCUAACUCGCCUCGGCAUAGACAAGGAUCGCUUGCGGUUUAGCCAACGUCUUGGGGGCAAAUUGGCACACGAUGCAGCAGAUUGUUGGGUUGCUGAAAUUGAGUGUUCCUAUGGUUGGAUCGAGUGUGUUGAUAUUGCAUAUAGACCAGCAUAUGAAUUACGAGCACAUAAGGAGAAAAGUGGAGUUGCUCUUGUUGCCAAUGAAGAAUUUGCUGAACCCAGAGAAGUGGCAAUGGGUGAAGAGGAAGCUUUGCUGUUGAAGGCUGCUUUAGAAUCCAAAGGAGAGGUUGUAUUCCGUGGACCCACGGUGAGGAAGAGAGUAGUAAUCAAGCAUGACAUGGUCAAAAUUUCUAAGCAGAAGAUAAGGGAACAUGAGUAUGCACCAUCUGUUAUUGAACCGUCGUUCGGCAUUGGACGCAUAAUAUACUGCCUUUUUGAGCAUUCUUUCUAUACAAGGCCUGGCAAAGCGGGGGAUGGACGACUAAAUGUGUUCCGUUUCCCUCCUCUCACAGCGCCUUUCGAUUGUACGGUUUUCCCAUUGAUAAUAAAGGAGCCAGAGUCGGUGGUUGCUCAACUUAUUGGCGGAGCACUAGCUGUUGCUGGUGUCAAGAACAGGGUAGACAUGACUGAAGGCAGCACCAUAGGGGAGAGAUAUGCGAUAAACGAUGAGCUUGGCGUGCCCUUUGCAAACACUAUCGAUGCACAAGUUGGUGCGACCAUUCGAGAGAGGGACAGCCAAGAUCAAGUUCGAUUACAUCCGGAGAAAGCGGUCUUCGUUGUGAACGAGUUGAUUCUCGGUGAGAGGACCUAGUCCGACGUCCGGUCUGAGUUUCCCACAUCGUACAUCUGCAUCUGCUGAAGAAGAUGAAUAGUCGGAGUUACUUAUAUCAUUAUUUACUUUAACUUCACAUCAGUUAGAAUCAGAAUAUCCGAGAUAGCAAACAAACGGUGUACUUUGGAUAUGUCUUUUACUAGCUAAUCAUGCUGUUCAUGUCUUUUUAGUGUGGUAACAUGGAGACAAAAACAGACAAGAGGUUGCAGAUCUGGGUCGGUCUCUUCUAUUGAUUUUCUAUCGCUAAGUUUUAGUGUAAAUUGUCUUAAUAUUCAAUCUAAAA